AUGUUUGCUCUCCGGCCUCUGCCCGGAGGUCUUGGCCUAAAUGAACCUCCCGGAUUCCACGAUUCGCCGUCGCCAACCACCAUCCAAGCCACAGUAUCGUCUAUCCAAUGGAGCUAUGAGAGUAAGAUCGUCUGUGAGGCAACAUUUCAGGAUCUGCGCUCCAUUCGACUCCGAGGAAACGUGCCUCUGGCCUUUGAUAGCGACGUUCGAUCAGACCCCAGUGUCUAUAUGGGGAUGUACGUCUUCGAGCGUCCACCAUACGAUGGGCUCAAAGCUGGCGUUGAGGUCACGUACAAGACCUUCCCUGGCUACCGAUUUCUUCCCACCAAGGGAAACUUGACUACUGUUAAUGGCCAGACCAACGCCUUCCGAACCAACCGCCGUAUCCAGAUUCACUAG